CUCUCCUUCUCGCCCGAUCCCCCGUGUUGGUUGCUCUCGUUCUCUCUUUCGCCCCGCCCCUGAUGGAGACCGACGCCCGUCCUGCCCGCCCGAAGCGCCAGACCGCCAUUAAGGCCGCUGCAUCUGCUGCGGCUGCUGUGCCGAUGAAGCGCAAGGCCGUGGAUGAGCCGAUGGCGUCGUGUGAGAGCAGCAACGACUCGUGCAGUGACUGGGAGAAGGUGUGCGGCAUCAAGAAGAAGAGCAAGGCGCGCCGCGUGGGCAACAAGACCGUCAAGGGCAAGGGAGGGAAGGAUGAGGUGGGCAAGAAGGGCGAGAAGCGGGCCAAGAAGACUAAGGCGCUGACACCUGACGUGGACAUGGAGGUAUGUGUGACCACACACAAAGGGAGAGGUGUGGGAAGGAGCGAGAUGGACUGCUGACUUGUGUGUUUGUGUGUUGUAUCACCCACCCAUGACGUCACCCAUGUGUGUGUGCAGGAUGCGUUUGAGGUCGGUCCCGUUGAUGCGUUGAAGGCUCUGUCCAGGGUGGCUCAGAAGCUAAAGGCGCAACUCAACAUGACCAACGAAGCCAAAGCAAGGGUACACACGUGGGUGCAGUCAAAAGCAAGAGAGUCAGGGAGGGAUGAGAGAGCAGAUGAGAUGCCGAUGAAUGUGUCUUUGUGUGAUGUGUUGAUUCAUUGAUUCGUUGUCCACUCACUCGUUCAGGCUGAGCAAGUGUUGGAUGUCAAGAUGGCCAUUCCCGAACCCGACACACAGACCAAACAGAAUCGCAUACAGGUGCGUGGGCAACGACACACACACACACAACCAUCACACCACACAGAUCCAUGGAUGUGCCAUGCCUGCCUUUGUGGUAUGUUGCAGGAGGUUGAGCGUCACUUCCGCGUGUGGAAGGCGAUGGUGAUGAAGGACACCAAGAUGCAGGUGCGCAACGCUGACGAGACGGCGGCCGAGCAGAUGGAAGCAUGCAACAAGAAACUCGACGCCAUACAACACACAAUGAACAAUCUGGACAAAGAGGAGGUCAGUCCCACCACAGGCACACAAAGAGAGAGAGGCUGGGGAGGGAGAUGGUGUCCACACCAUUCACUGUUCCCCAUUUCCGCUGUGUGUGUGUGUGUGUGUGUGUGGCGUAUGUCAUCAGUUGCGCUCUGCUUUGGAGGAGUUGCCUGAGGCGCUGUGGAUGACGACCGAGGAGGGCAUGGGGCUCGGCGCAUACCUCGGCUUCCACACCUUCAUGACCUCGCUCGCCCCCGUCUGCACCCAUUUCCACACCCUCAGCCAACAGGCCCCCGCCCACCCCAUACUCGACAUCCACACCGACCCACCCGAACACAUCGCUAACAAACUACCAGGUGACGUAGAGCAGACCACACACACUUUCGUCUGUCCGUGUCAUUCCGUCCUUGUUUCUGUGCUUUUCAGGUCGUUUGUCUGAGUGUCGUCACUUGGCUGUGUACCACCGCCCCACUCGCACCCUCGUCCGGCUGCUCGAGCAGUUCGCACCCCACAUCGAGACGGUCAAGCUGCAGGGCCCCGCCCAGCAACCCAAGGACAGCAAGGGCAGGUCACGCAAGGUCCGGCAGGCACGCAAGAACGACUACGAGGACAUCAACCUUGAGUGGAACAGCAACACCCUCUCCUUCCCCGAGCUCCACACGGCGGCGGUCAACAACGUGUGGGGCAACGUCACGAGCGGUCGCAGGUAUCGGCUGCCGGCACUGCGACAUCUGAGUGUGGUGGAUCUCGACAACACGGGGUAUGGGACGGUGAACGGAUGGCUGCACAACGACGCGGCGCCUGGCCUGUCAUCGCUCCACUUCAGCUACGAUCCGGUGAGGGAAACAAAGGGCAGAGAAUCGGGCUGCCUGCAUUCGCCAUGCGAUGUUUCAUUUUUCCAUGCAGAAUGACCCCAACUGUGACCACAUGGUGCGCCUCGACCAGAUCAGAGACACCAUCCGCUGCAAGUUUCGCAGGAAGACCGGUGACAGGACUGGUGGGUAUUACACCAGAGACAGACACCACACACUGAUGGGAACAAGGCAUUCACACUGGCCUUGUCCGUUACGCCUUGUUCCCAUCAGUCAAGAGUCUCACCAGCCUGACCGGCCGCAUCGCCAUCCCAGACCAUCCCUACUCCUACACCUACAAUAGCGAGGCUACCGGCCGAUUCAAGGGCCUGUUCAACACCCGCUCCGCGAGCCGCCUGCACAAGGUCGAGCUCGCCCUGCCUGAGAUCAAAGGACAAGACAUCUUCCAGGUGGGCCUUUCAGCCAGACACUCGAUGCAUGGCACCACACACCAGGUGCAGUCGCCUCUGUCCCUUUGUGUUUUUGCGUUGUCGUUGCUCCAGGAGCUGCAUUCGUUUCGCACAUCGUGUUUGGCCGACGGGGCGAGCGAGACCUACAACCACGCCCCCGCCCACGGCCCGCCCGAGGGACUGAGAGUGCGCCUGCCCUUCCAAGGCAGGACCAUCAAUCUCACGGCCCUCAUCGAGACUGUCAGGGUCUGCUGCCAGCAGGCCAAGCACGUCACCCUGCAGUCACACGGCAAUCAGGGCAACUACGGCAAGGGCAACCCCCAGCUCGGCUCGGUCGUCUUCUCGUCUGUGCGUGUGCUCAAUAUCGAGUCGGGGUGGUCUGCCAAUAUGCCGGUGCUUCAUCUGCCUGCCUACAUCCGUCAGAACAGCGGGUCGAUGUUCCCGCAUGUCGAGUCUGUCGUGUUGAAGGAUGGGGGGCGUGAUGUUGCAUUCUAUUGGCGUGGUGUGGGUGAUGUGCUGUCGGGUCUGACGUCGGCCGACCAUGUGCAGUUUGAUCUGUCUGCCCGUGCUGACCCCGAUGCUACGCUGUGUCUCGUGCCUGCUGGCUGUGCGUUCUUGCCAGCUGCCGGCAGCGACCUCGCCGUGACCAUCAAGGCCACCAUUUCCCUUUAUCCCAUGUUCGGUGUGCAGCCAGGCCAAGUGCAUCACUCAGUGCAGUGGCAGUUGUACGGUGGUGAGGGUGAGGCAGGCAGGCAGGUGAUGGCCGGCCGUCUGGCUGCUCUCGAGGUCGACAUGAGCAUGCAGGCAUGUCGACCUCGAGAGCGUUUGAGUGAGAGUGAGGCCAAGGCCAUGUUUCGCUCGUUGGCUGAGGCGGCCGCUGCGGCCUUUGCGAGUUUUCCUAAGUUGAAGGGCAUUGUGGUGUCGCCCUUUUCGCCCAGGCCCAAGUUCGGUCUGGUGGGUGUGUUUCGCGAGGCAGGCCAGAAGAGGUUCACUGUGUCGCAUGGCGAGGGCAAGACCAUCGUGCUGCGACCCAACACACACACCAACAAGAAGAACAAGAGGCAGACAGGCAGCAAGGCCACCAAGGACAGCAAGGACAGCAAGGGAGACAAGGCCACGAAAGAGGCUGCGGCUGCCUGAGUGAGCGUCGUGUCUCUCCCUGUGUUUCGGUGUGCGUGUGUGUGUUGGUGGAGCAGACUCAGCAGAGAGGGG